AACAUGAAGCAUACAAUUCAAUACAAUAUUUACUUGUGGUGUUGGAAAUUUCGAAGAAAAAAGUGGAUGAUUAAGGACACCAACCUUACAGAUGAAAGUCUUCAAUACUUUGCACUCACCGGGAACUUCAUUUGCAACUACUUCGCUGAGAUCGGGGAAGAAGUCGACGUGGAGUCGGGGGUCUCUUGGAAACAGCCUCCCUACUUCCGAGUAGGGGCAAGUAGAUAUGAGGAUAUGGAAGAAACUCCUGAUGUGUUCACCGAUCUGGAGGACUCUGAUGAAGCUGGAAAAAACUUCAUCGCGCCUGGGGUAGAGGUGAUUGAGCAACUUCCCUCAAAAAUUGAAGGUCACGAGGGUGCGACGGUGGGAGAACUGGUUCCAGAUUCUGAGGAAGAGGACGAACCCUUUGAGUGCUUGAAGGCUCCCAAGUCUGACUUCAUUGUUUGUGUAGGAAUAGAUGGGUCCAUUCCUGAAAUUGAAACGGCAGUAGCAAACAUGGGAAAAAGAAAGGGAGCGGUGGGUGAUUUCAACUUUCAAGCCACUCAUCCUCAUACGUGCGAGAACACCAUCCUAUGCCGUUUACCAUAGCUCUGCAAGAUCAUCCUCCUACACAAUUUACCAAUGUAUAAUGCCUAAAAAAGUUCGUAUGUAUUAAAUUAAGUUCCAUAUU